AUGGAGCCGAGCCCGACAAGGAGGACAAGCGUAGCCGAAGCCUUGGGGGGACGAAUCCUCGGCGCCAACGAGGUCCUCCGGAGGAAGGUCGGCCUCCCCGCGCAGCGCUUCCUCCCGCCGGGCCGGCCGCGAGCGACCCACGAGGGGGCCAUGCUGGACCAAGCGCCGCCGAGCGAUGGAGACGCAGUGCAUCUUACGUCGACCUUGGGCGCGCUCUUCUUCCUCAAGGACAAGCCGAUGGCGAUGGACGACCUGACGUUCGACUGGAGCCCGUUCACCAACUCGUUCGAGCUCCUCGCUCGACCUGCAUGA